ACAAUUUUUUAUCUCCGGUUAACAAAUUCUUUCUCGCGACGACUUCAACGCGCGACAAUGGCGCGUGUAAGACAAACAGAGGUUUCUUGGAAUAUCUCUCCAAGUACUUUUGCUGCUUCUCUAUCAAAAUGGGAACAAACUUAGAAAAAACCAAAAGAAAUCGAAAUUACUUGGAAACAAAACAUCUGACGAUCUCCAGACUCAGCUGAAGUUUCGAGCUGAAUCUCUUCUUCUCUACACGCGAUUUCUCUGCUCGUAGAUGUAAAACAAUAACGCGAGGCGGUGAUGAACAACAAAUUGAGUGAUUUUGAGAAAAAUCUGUACAAAAAACUCAAGAGUGGAAAGCUCGAGGUGAAAGUCUCAUACCGGACUUUCCUGUGUCCUUAUUGUCCCGAUAAUAAGAAGAAGGUUGGUUUGUAUGUUGACAUUCUUCAGCAUGCUUCUGGAGUUGGUAAUAGCCAAUCCAAGAAAAGAAGUUUGACUGAGAAGGCUAGUCACCGUGCUCUUGCCAAAUACCUUAUUAAAGAUCUUGCUCAUUACGCUACUUCUACUAUAUCUAAGCGCUUAAAAGCCAGAACAUCAUUCAUUCCUGCUGAAACCGGCGAUGCUCCUAUAAUUUAUGAUGAUGCUCAGUUCGAGAAACUUGUGUGGCCUUGGAAAGGAGUUUUGGUUAAUAUUCCCACGACGAGUACAGAAGAUGGUCGGUCUUGUACUGGAGAGAGUGGACCAAAACUUAAGGAUGAAUUAAUCCGAAGAGGAUUCAACCCAAUUAGAGUUCGUACUGUGUGGGACCGUUUCGGUCAUUCGGGAACCGGAAUAGUGGAAUUUAACAGAGACUGGAAUGGACUUCAAGAUGCUUUGGUGUUUAAGAAGGCUUAUGAAGGAGAUGGGCAUGGGAAAAAGGAUUGGCUUUGUGGUGCUACUGACUCGAGCCUUUAUGCAUGGCUUGCCAAUGCUGAUGAUUACUACAGGGCUAACAUUUUAGGAGAAAACUUGCGGAAGAUGGGUGACCUCAAAAGUAUUUAUAGGUUUGCAGAAGAAGAGGCAAGGAAAGACCAAAAGCUUUUGCAGCGUCUGAACUUUAUGGUUGAGAACAAACAAUAUCGGUUGAAGAAAUUACAGAUAAAAUAUUCACAGGAUUCAGUUAAACUUAAGUAUGAGACUGAAGAAAAAGAAAAGAUUCUCCGUGCUUACAGUGAAGAUCUGACAGGAAGACAACAAAAAUCGACUGAUCAUUUCAAUAGGAUCUUUGCUGAUCAUGAAAAGCAAAAGGUGCAGCUGGAGUCUCAGAUAAAGGAACUUGAAAUUAGAAAGUUGGAGUUGGCAAAACGUGAGGCAGAGAAUGAAACGCAGAGGAAAAUAGUGGCAAAAGAACUUGAACAGAAUGCUGCUAUAAAUAGUUAUGUUCAACUAUCUGCCUUGGAACAACAAAAGACCAGAGAGAAAGCGCAAAGAUUGGCUGUAGAUCACAAGAUGCAAAAGGAAAAGCUUCAUAAGAGAAUUGCUGCACUAGAAAGGCAGCUUGAUCAGAAGCAGGAGCUUGAACUGGAGGUCCAGCAACUGAAAAGUCAGCUGAGCGUGAUGAGACUCGUGGAAUUGGACAGUGGUUCUGAAAUUGUGAACAAGGUGGAGACCUUCCUCAGAGACCUUAGUGAGACAGAAGGAGAGCUUGCACACUUAAAUCAAUUCAAUCAAGAUCUUGUUGUUCAAGAGCGGAAGAGCAAUGAUGAACUUCAAGAAGCUCGAAGAGCAUUGAUAAGCAAUUUGAGAGACAUGGGAUUGCAUAUUGGUGUUAAGAGAAUGGGGGAGCUUGACACCAAACCGUUUAUGAAAGCAAUGAGAAUAAAGUACUGUCAAGAAGAUCUAGAGGAUUGGGCAGUUGAAGUUAUCCAGCUUUGGGAGGAAUAUCUUAAGGACCCAGAUUGGCAUCCUUUUAAACGGAUAAAGCUUGAGACUGCAGAAACAAUAGUGGUAUUCCUUCUCCUGUAUAUCACUAAUUCAAUGUUUUUUAUUUCUCAUCCUAAAUAAUAUGUUUCGUAAGUGUUACUAGCAGAAGACCUCCAUUCAAGUGCAUGCGUACAACUACCAGCUGCAUAUGCAGAUUUGUUUAUGCAUGUUAUGGUGUUUGAUAUGUAGAACCCUGAAGCUGUUGAUAUCUAUGUCAGGAAGUAAUUGAUGAGGAUGACGAGAAGUUAAGAACCCUGAAGAAUGAACUGGGGGAUGAUGCGUACCAAGCAGUGGCAAAUGCAUUGCUGGAGAUAAACGAGUAUAAUCCGAGUGGAAGGUACAUCUCCUCAGAGCUAUGGAACUUCAGAGAAGACAGGAAGGCUACGCUUGAGGAAGGUGUUAAUUCUCUACUGGAGCAAUGGAAUCAAGCGAAGCAUCUCAAGUCAUAAAGGUUUAUAUUUGCAUUUACCCGGAGAUGGAAAAUAAGUUUAGCGUGUAAAGGAUGUCAAAAUGCAAGGUUCAACAAUUGUCUCUCGUCUUUGAUGCAAUAUAUGGGUCUUAGAAUUGCGAAGUAGGUGUAAAUUAGAGGAGGAUGGCGUCACAUUGGGACUCGAAGUUGAAACUAUGUUUCUACACUUGACGGUUCAACAUUGUAGGAAACUAAGUAACAAACAUUGUUAGAUGAUUCUAAACCUUAGAGAAGUUUAUGAAUUUGUGAAGAAAUGAACACUUUGGCUUAGUUAAGAGUCUUUCCACCAAUAACAAACACUUAACUGUGUCUAAUAUUCCAAAAUCACAGAGCAGC